AUGGCACAACAGGGCCGGUUGUUGGCGAUGCAGCAGCGGAAGCGUCACGCAGACCACGACGCCCUCCUCCUGCAGAACCGAAUUAGCUUGCUUCGAAAAGAAGAGGCCAAGGCAUGGAAAAAGAUCGAGACAACCAAGCAGAGGUCAGAAGAGAUACUGAGACUACGGGAGCAAAACGAAAGACGGGUGGUGGAGCGCAUCUCCGCUGCAGAAAGACAGGCGGAUAAUUGCAAGCUCCAGAAUCAGAGGAACCAAGCCGUCGAAGAAACGGCCCGCCUCAACCGCAUUAGGAUAUACCAUGAACUUGCCGCUGCUAGGAAAAAUAGUGUCGCUCAGGUACGCCAAAAACUGACCAUUGGGGAGGGACCCGUACAAAGUCCCAAUCGUACCCUUUUCAGCGACAAUACGGAUUUAGUUUUCGCCCUAGAUAAUGAGGAGAAGGUAGUUGGGAUUUCUGUUGUCCCCGGGCAGAUGCAGCGCUUCCAUGAGGCGAGGCAAGACUCAUGUGUGAAGGAGGAGAACAACGAGUACUCUGAAAGGAACUUGGGAGCAGUGUUUCGAUCCAGCUGUUUUUUUUCAAUGCAUGCCAACGGCCAAGGAGAGCCGGAAAGACCAAUGACGCACCCUUGGGCGACAACCCCAGAAAGUAGCACCGGGCAUUUGGCACCUCUUGAGGAUAGAUCGCUCAAGCAGGACAGUCGGUGGCCCAGCCCAAAUUUAUGGAACCCGGAAGUGGCAGGCAGAAUCACCCCGAUGUUCUACUCCGGCAGGCCAAGCUCAUACGGUUUGUGGCUGUGGUCCGAUAUCAAACAGAGGGAAGAGGAGGCCAGGAAUGCCCGGCUGGAGGGUAGGGCACGCCUAGUCGAGGAGUCCCGGAGGUCCUACGAGGACCGCGUGAGGAGGGAAGAGGAUGAGAUCGCGGCCCGCGAACAAGAGGUAGCACGCAUGGAGCAAAAGGAGCUGUCCCUAAUACAACAGCUCAAGAACACCCAGGCAUUGCAGCAGCGGGCCUACCAGGAGCUCGAGGCCGCUUUGGGCGACUCACGCGCAAUGGCGGCGAAACCAUUUCCCGUGGAACAUGUCGGGGAUCGCUAA